GUUUCCCUUGCAGAGAAUACCAAAGAAGACCUCAAAGUCUGAAGAAGAGUGCCCCUUCGUGGGGCUUGAAGUGAAGCACUUGCUACAUGUUUUUCUCUUACUGAGCCCUGAAAAUGAACAUAUGACCCUGGAUCUACAGAAACCUAACUGAUCCAACUCGCCAUGCAUCAACUGUUCAGACUGGUUUUGGGACAAAAAGAUCUUUCACGAGCUGGGGACCUCUUCUCCUUAGAUGACUCUGAGAUUGAAGACAGCCUGACAGAAGCUCUGGAGCAGAUUAAAGUAAUUAGCUCAUCUUCAGAUUAUCAAACCAAUAACAAUGACCAGGCAGUGGUGGAAAUUUGUAUCACAAGGAUCACAACAGCCAUCAGAGAGACAGAAUCCAUUGAAAAGCACGCCAGAGCCCUGGUGGGACUCUGGGAUUCCUGCUUAGAACACAACCUGAGAUCCUCAGGGAAAGACGAAGAUACUCCACAUGCAAAAAUCGCAUCUGAUAUCAUGAGUUGCAUCUUACAGAAUUAUAACCGGACCCCUGUGAUGGUAUUAGCCAUCCCCAUCGCAGUGAAAUUCCUCCACAGAGGUAACAAGGAGUUGUGCAGGAACAUGUCUAACUACCUGUCCCUGGCUGCCAUCACCAAGGCCGAGCUCCUGGCUGAUCACACAGAGCUGAUAAUAAAGAGCAUACUCCAAGGAAAUGCUGUACUGUUGAGGGUGUUACCUGCUGUGUAUGAAAAGCAGCCUCAACCAAUUAACAGACACCUGACAGAACUCCUGGCCCUGCUGUCUCAAUUGGAACAGACAGAACAGUACCAUCUACUACGGCUUUUGCAUGUAGCAGCAAAGAGAAAACAAGUGGAGGUGGUUGAGAAAUGUGUUCCGUUCCUGAUCAGGCAUUUGAAGGAUUCAACCCAUAAUGACAUUAUCCUAAAUGUCCUCAUAGAAAUAGCAAGCUAUGAGCCACUGGCUUUGAACAGUUUUCUCCCAAUGCUGAAAGAGAUUGGGGAGAGAUUCCCCUAUCUCACUGGACAAAUGGCAAGGAUCUAUGGAGCUGUUGGGCAUGUUGAUGAAGAGAGAGCCAGGAGCUGUCUGAGAUACCUAGUGAGUCAGCUGGCCAACAUGGAGCAUUCGUUUCAUCAUAUCCUCCUGCUGGAGAUUAAGAGCCUCACGGAUGCCUUCUCCUCCAUCCUGGGCCCUCACAGCAGGGACAUCUUCCGCAUGAGCAACAGCUUCACUACCAUUGCUAAGCUGCUCUCCCGACAGCUGGAAAACAGCAAGGCCGGAAGCGGCAGGAGAAAAGUGGGCACUGAAAAUGGCUUCCCUGAGAAACUGGGAGAAGCCACGACCAUGGCACCUGAAAGCGAAGACCCUGAAAAGCUCCAAGUUAAACUCCAGGCUUUUGAAGACAAAAUAAAUGUUGAGCGCAACACCCCAGGCGCCAUCAGAAGAUACAGCUUAGACCAAGUCUCUAAGGAAGAAAGAAAAAGUAUUAGAUUUAGCAGGUCCAAAAGUUUGGCUUUGCAUACUGUGCUCACAAAGGAUGUGAGUUCAGAUGAUGGGGAAGAUGAAGAAAGAUCAGGAAUACCCACCAGCAUGUCUCUUUCAGACAUAGACCCAUUUAGCCAUGGAACUGGAAAGUUGCCCCUUAAGACAGCUACCCAUGGGUCACAGCCGAGAAAUUCUUCAGCAUCACACCCAAGUAUUAUACACACAGAAUCAGAGAAUGUGCCAGAAACUGUUAAAGAACAUGUCCAGCAAGAGACUCCAGGGUCAUCCACAAGUCCUGCUGAACACGAAGACAAGCUCUACUUGCAUUUAAAGGAAAACCUCAGUAAGGUGAAAGCUUAUGCCAUGGAAAUUGCCAAGAAGAUCCCAAUCCCAGAUCAGUGCACCAUCGAAGAUACUGCAAGAAAUUGUGUGGCAAAGCUGUUUUUCACCUGUUCUCUGAAGGAUCAUUAUUGCCUGUACAGCAAGUCCAGUUUCAUCCUCAUCAGCCAAGAGCCUCAGCCAUGGAUCCAGAUCAUGUUUCUAUUCCAACAGAGCCUGUUUCCUGAGCCCCUGUCCACACAGAGUGGUUCUGUGCAGUUCCUCAAAGCUCUGUGGGAGAAGACCCAGGCCAGAGGAGCCCACAGCUUUGAAGUUGCCAUGACAGAGUCCACAUUUCCUCAGCAGAAGGAUCUGGACCAGGUUCAGCUCCAUCUGGAAGAAGUGAGGUUCUUCGACGUGUUUGGCUUCAGUGAAACGGCAGGGGCGUGGCAAUGCUUCAUGUGCAACAACCCCGAAAAGGCAACUGUUGUAAACCAAGAUGGCCAGCCUCUCAUUGAAGGAAAACUUAAAGAGAAGCAAGUCAGGUGGAAAUUCAUCAAGAGGUGGAAAACUCGUUAUUUCACACUGGCUGGAAAUCAACUUCUGUUUCAAAAAGGGAAAUCUAAAGAUGAUCCUGAUGACUCCCCAAUAGAACUCAGCAAAGUGCAGAGCGUGAAGGCUGUGGCCAGGAAACGCCGAGACCGCUCCCUUCCUCGGGCUUUCGAAAUCUUCACAGACAACAAAACCUAUGUUUUCAAGGCCAAAGACGAAAAGAAUGCAGAAGAGUGGUUGCAGUGCAUCAACGUAGCAGUUGCCCAGGCGAAAGAGAGGGAAAGUAGAGAAGUGACCACAUAUCUGUAA